UGCCCUCAAGAGUCAACUACUGUCUGUUCUACAGCCCCACUCAGCGGGUUAAUAAAAAUCUGCCUCAGUGCUAUCGCUCUGUUUCCUGUUACAUCAUGUAGAUUUGAUAUAGUGAGAGAAUUCAGUGUUGAUCAAGUAAUGUGUGCUGAUUGUUGUGUCUGGUUUUCGGGAAGUGCAUACCCGUUCAUGGUCAGAUUUUUACUGCCAUGUGACAGUUUGAUGAACGUUGUGAUGU